UCUUGUUUGUUGUGACAAUGAACUAUGAAGAUAUAUUGUAAAUAUAGUAGACUAAAUUGAAGCAAUAACGAUUUUGAUAUUUAUUUUCUUAUGAUAAAGUUAUAGAUAUAAAAUUUAAAUUCUAAAAAUGUAUUCUAAAUAUAUCGCAAUAUUUUUCGUAUCUGCUUGUGUCGUCGUCAUUUCGGGUCAAUCAUAUGAAGAUAAGAGGUGUAAAUGUGUGUGCCCCAGUCCUGCUGCCGUUUUCAACAAUAGCGCGACCACAUCCACUGACCACCGUAGACAUUACAUUGCGAAUGUCCCACCUAAUAAAUGCAAUUGCAAAGGUGUUAUCUUGCCACGUGAUGGAGCCGAAAUCACAGAAGAGUUUUGUCCCCGUUGCGAGUGCAAAUAUGAAAAUCGAAAUACAACUAUCAUUAAGGUGGUGGUGAUUAUAGUGAUCUGGGUGAUAAUGCUGCUGGUGGUGUACAUGGGUUUCCUGAUCUGCCUGGACCCACUUAUUAAUAAGAGGGCCAAAGCUUCCUAUCAGGAGCACACCAAUGAAGAUGACGAGAGUACAAUCGCCGGACCGUCUCAGCAGAUGGGUGCCCGCGGCAACGUAUUGAACCGCGUCACUCAUCAACAGGACAAGUGGAAGCGGCAAGUGCGUGAGCAACGCAGGAACAUCUACGAUAGGCACACCAUGCUCAAUUAGAACCCUGCUCGGUUGGAAUAAAGCGCUGUUUCCCUUGGCAGAUGAGUUAAAAAUAUAUUAAUAUUUGUGUCUUUAUUGGUAAAAAAAAUGUCUAUCGGACACUUAGGUCACAAACUGUUGGUUGCACAAACGU